UGUGCUGGUCAAUGAUGAAUUUGAGGGUAUUAUAAUAUAACAAGGAAAUGAAGAGAGAGGAACAAAAUAAAAGAAGCACAACAACCAUUGUUUGGUGUUGUAGAUGUAACAAAACAGCUCUCUUCUUGCAAUUGAAUGAACCUUGACAAUCAUAUGACCAGAUUGGAUUUGUUUCCCAAUCAAGGGACCACAGUAGAGGUGGCUGCUAUAGGUUUUUCUGUGUGAAAGCUUCUCUUUCUCCCUUCCAUGCAUCCCUCCACAAACUGUGACAAUCAUUGGCAACUUUUGGCAUAAUUGUGAGGAGCUCGAGGUUCAACAGCUCCAGUAGUAGCUGCUUCAGAAAGUUCCCAGUUCAACACAACUCCAAUGGAGUUAACUCCAAGAGGAAGGACUCAGGGCCAUGUGUUGACCUUUGAGAGGGAUGCGGAUUCUUUUGUGGAGGAAGACAAGGAGCUUCAGUCCAAGUGGGCUGCCAUAGAGAAGCUACCAACUUUCAAAAGGAUCAAGACUUCUUUUGUUGAUAUCACUCAGGAGGACAGUACAAGCAGCAAGGCCAGAGAAACAGUGGAAAAGUUUGGAGCUUGGAGAAGCAGCAGCAAAAGAGUGGUUGAUGUUACCAAGCUUGGAGCAGUGGAAAAGCGUUUGUUCAUUGACAGGCUCAUACAGCACAUUGAGAAUGAUAACCUCCAAUUGCUGCAGAAACUAAGAGAAAGGAUGGACAGAGUCAAUGUGAAGUUACCUACUGUGGAGAUCAAGUACAAGAACCUGAAUGUAGGAGCAGAAUGUGAGGUUGUUCAAGGGAAGGCACUCCCAACUCUAUGGAACUCCUUUUCUAGCUCACUUUCUGGUUUCAUGAAGACUAUAUCGUGUAACUCUCAAGGAGCAGAGAUAAGCAUUCUGAAUAAUGUGAGUGGCAUCGUUAAGCCAUCAAGGCUUACUCUUCUUCUUGGUCCACCAGGCUGUGGGAAAACAACCCUGUUAAAGGCACUGGCUGGAAAACUAGAGCAGUCUCUCAAGGUUUCUGGAGAAAUCACUUACAAUGGUUACAAGCUAGAUGAAUUUGUUCCUCAAAAAACAUCAGCUUACAUAAGCCAGUAUGACCUGAUAGAGGCAUUUCAGGUGGACAGAAGAAAAGACUAACAACAGGAGAGAUGAUCGUGGGUCCUAUAAAAGCUCUUUUUAUGGAUGAAAUAUCAACUGGCUUGGACAGUUCCACAACCUUUCAAAUAGUGACAUGUCUGCAGCAAUUGGUGCAUAUCACAGAUGCAACUGCAGUGCUUUCACUCCUUCAACCAGCACCAGAAACUUAUGAGUUGUUUGAUGAUCUUAUACUGAUGGCCGAGGGUAAAAUAGUAUACCACGGCCCCCGCAGUCAAGCACUCCAAUUUUUUAAGGAUUGUGGUUUCUGGUGUCCUGAGAGAAAAGGAGUUGCAGACUUUCUUCAAGAGGUAAUCUCUAAGAAGGAUCAAAGGCAAUACUGGUACCGUACAGAUAUUCCUUACAGAUAUAUUUCAGUGGAUGAGUUCGCUCAAAUAUUCAUAUCAAGUUAUUGGGGAAGAAUGUUAAAUGAUGAGCUCUCACAGCCAAACGAUAAAUCUGAAUCCCAUAAAAAGGCUUUAUCAUUUAGCAAGUACUCUCUGGGAAAAUGGGAUUUGUUCAAAGCUUGUAUGAAAAGGGAGAUUCUCCUCAUGAAACGAAAUUCAUUUAUCUAUGUGUUUAAAACUGCACAGCUUACAAUCACAGCAAUCAUAACAAUGACAGUCUUCUUACGCACUCAGAGGGCUGUGGACUUGAUAGGUGCAAAUUACUUAUUGGGUUCAUUGUACUAUACCCUUGUCCGCCUCAUGACUAAUGGAGUUGCAGAAUUGAUCAUGACAAUUGCUAGACUCCCUGUUGUUGAUAAGCAGACGGAAUUCUAUCUCUAUCCAGCUUGGGCUUAUUGCCUUCCCUCUGCCAUUCUAAAGAUUCCAUUUUCAGUACUUGAUUCUAUUGUUUGGACAUCAAUGACAUAUUAUGUUAUAGGCUACAGCCCUGAAAUAACAAGGUUCCUCCGCCAGUUUCUUUUGCUUGUUACUUUGCAUAUGUCAUCCACCUCCAUGUGUCGUUUCCUUGCUUCAGUUUUCAAAACUGAUGUUGCAGCUACAACUGUUGGUUCCUUGGUCCUAGUAUUGAUGUUUUUGUUUGGAGGCUUUAUUCUUCCUCGGUCAUCACUACCACGGUGGUUGAGGUGGGGAUUUUGGCUUUCUCCAAUGUCAUAUGGGGAAAUUGGAAUAACACUAACUGAGUUUAAUGCUCCUCGCUGGCAAAAGAUCCAAGAGGGAAAUAUCACUGUAGGGAAGGAGGUUCUUCGUAGUCACGGUUUAGACUUUGAUAGCAACUUCUAUUGGAUAUCAGUUGGAGCCCUACUUGGUUUAACCGUACUGUUUGAUUUUGGAUUUGUCUUGGCAUUAACGUACAUAAAACAGCCUAAGAUGUCUAGAACUUUAGUCUCAAAAAAGAGGCUCUCUCAACAAAAGGAACAAGAAAAAAGCGAUGGUGUUGAACUGAAGUCAGUUAGUGUUGAUAUUAGCCACACACCAAGGGGAAAUCAAAGCACAGGGAAAAUGGUCCUUCCCUUUGAGCCAUUAGCAAUAUCAUUUAAGGAUGUCCAGUAUUUUGUUGAUGUCCCUCCGGAGAUGAAAAAACAUGGUUCCGAAGAGAAAAGGCUACAAUUGCUCCGUGAUAUCACUGGAGCUUUUAGGCCAGGAGUUCUCACUGCACUGAUGGGGGUCAGUGGAGCAGGAAAGACAACUCUGAUGGAUGUUCUUUCCGGAAGAAAAACUGGAGGCGUCAUUGAAGGAGAAAUAAGAAUUGCAGGAUACCCUAAAGUGCAAAAGACAUUUGAAAGAGUUUCAGGUUACUGUGAGCAGAAUGACAUUCACUCUCCAUAUAUAACCAUUGAAGAAUCUGUCAAAUACUCAGCUUGGUUGCGGUUGCCAUCAGAAAUUGAUUCAACCACAAAAGGGAAAUUUGUUCAAGAAGUCCUCGAAACAAUUGAACUUGACAAUGUGAAGGAUUGCUUAGUUGGCAUACCUGGCCAAAGUGGCUUAUCUACCGAGCAACGCAAAAGACUAACCAUUGCAGUGGAGCUUGUUUCCAAUCCAUCAAUAAUAUUUAUGGAUGAACCUACAUCUGGUUUGGAUGCUCGAGCAGCUGCAGUUGUUAUGCGUGCAGUGAAGAAUGUUGUUGCCACUGGCAGAACCACUGUUUGCACUAUACACCAACCAAGCAUCGACAUAUUUGAGACUUUUGAUGAGUUGAUUCUAAUGAAAUCUGGAGGACAGAUUAUUUAUAGUGGAAUGCUAGGCCAUCAUUCAAGUAGACUGAUUGAGUAUUUUCAGAAUAUACCUGGGGUGCCAAAGAUCAUGGACAAUUAUAACCCUGCAACCUGGAUGUUGGAAGCUACCUCUGCAUCUGUAGAAGCAGAACUUAAAAUAGAUUUUGCUCAAAUAUAUAAGGAGUCACAUCUUUACCAGGAUACCCUUGAAGUGGUGAGAGUGUUAAGUGAACCAGCACCAGGUUCGAGAGACUUACACUUCUCAACUCGUUUCCCACAAAAUAGCUUGGGACAGUUCAUGGCAUGCCUAUGGAAGCAACACUUGUCCUAUUGGAGAAGUCCUGAGUACAACUUAACACGUUUUAUAUUCAUGAUCGUUUGUGCAAUAAUAUUUGGAGCAGUAUUUUGGCAGAAAGGGAAUCAAAUAAACAAUCAGCAGGAUUUGUUCAACGUACUUGGAUCCAUGUAUAUUGCUNUAAUAUUCUUGGGAAUAAAUUACUGCUCAACAAUUCUGCCAUAUGUGGCUACUGAGCGUGCUGUCUUGUAUCGAGAAAAAUUUGCUGGCAUGUAUUCUUCCACUGCUUAUUCAUUUGCACAGGUGGCUAUUGAAAUACCAUAUAUCUUAGUGCAAUCAAUUUUAUAUGUGGCUAUCACAUAUCCAAUGAUAGGUUUCCAUUGGUCAGUUCAGAAAGUGUUUUGGUACUUCUAUACUACAUUCUGUACAUUUUUGUACUUUGUAUAUCUUGGAAUGAUGGUAAUGUCGAUGAGCGCCAAUCUCGACAUAGCUUCUGUUUUAUCAACUGCAAUCUACACCAUAUUCAAUCUCUUUUCUGGAUACCUCAUGCCUGGACCGAAAAUUCCUAAAUGGUGGGUUUGGUGCUACUGGAUUUGUCCUACUGCCUGGUCCUUGAAUGGCCUCCUAACUUCACAAUAUGGAGAUUUGGAUGAGAAGAAGGUAACCGUCUUUGGGAAGCGCCAAUCAGUUGGUUCCUUUUUACAUGAUUACUAUGGUUUUCGGCAUGACAGAUUAAGCAUUGUGGCUGUGGUGCUCAUUGCUUACCCAAUUGUUUAUGCAUCUCUGUUUGCCUAUUUCAUAAAGAAAAUGAAUUACCAAAAGAGAUAAGACAGAUGCAGACACAGAUACAUAUCUGGUUCUUCUGCAGUGUGGUGGCUUCAAUUUUCAUGUAUAGAAAUAUAGAAACAUGUGGUUACAUAGAUUAGCAAGAUGUCUACAGCAAGAUAUUCUCAUACGUACCAUGUAAUGUUCAAAUUUGUUUUAUUUGUUUUUAUAGUUUAAUGUUGGUUCUGUAGAUCCCUGCAGAAAGUGUAGGAAAACGAAGAACGGUGAAAAGAAGUUCUAUAUUGAACCUUUCUACCAGGGGCUUACAAACACAUAUAUGACACAACAAGUGAAAGUGAUAUAGGUUUAUGGGGCAUAAUUUUUCAAGAAAAGCUAGUUAUGCAGUAAUAAAGAAUAUUCAAGUUGUACAAGUUAAAAUAACACUUUUUAAUUAGUAGAAAAUUGAGGGCUUAGAAAACUCUUUGUAUCUAUAAAAUCUAUAUAGAUUUAUUUCA